ACGGCGAGGGAGGGUAGAAGUUAAGGAGUCAGUCCUCUGCCAUUGUUCUUGUUCUGGAAGUCUGAGAACGGGACGGGACGGCGCUGGUCGGGUACCGGACGGCGGUCUGUCGUUAUGACGGGCUCCGGUCCGAAGCUCGGGGUGCUAUUGCUGCUGGCGGUCCUGCUGCAGACUGUGGUCGUCACCAUCACCGUACUGCACUUCGCCACGGCUCUCAAUUCGAUGAAGGAGACGUUUGCCAGGAGCAGUGUUUCCUGUCUGACGGGCACUGACCUGCAGAGCAUCACAGCUGUUCGGGGGGAUCCGUGCUGGCAGGUCACUCAGCAGCUUCACCUGCUCAUUGAGAAGUCUCUGUCUCAGCGUUACCAGAAGCAGAUUUCGUCGGCAGUCAGAGAUGAAGUAUCUCGGGUGCUGCCCUCGCUCGUGAUGGUGGACAGAGCUUCACCUCGCCCUAAAGUUGCAGCCCAUGUCACGGGCAGCUUUGUGCCCAAACUGGAGCGAGAGGGAGGAGCUCCGGUCUCUACCGGGCGUCGAGUUCAGGGCCAGAAGAUCUCAUGGUGGGAGGGGCAGAAGGGGCUGGCCUUCCUCCAAGACGUCCAGCUGGUGGACGGGGAGCUGGUGGUGCCGCAGCCCGGCCUCUACUACGUCUACGCCCAGACGUACUUCAGACACACCCACUCCCUGGAGGAGGAGGGCGAGGACGGCGAGGAGGCGGAAGACAGAGGGAGACCCCUGCUGCAGUACGUCUAUAAAAAGGUGAGCUCCUACCCAGUUCCCAUCCUGCUGAUGAAGACGAGCCGAACCUCCUGCUGGUCCCGGGGCUCCCAGUUUUCUCUGCACUCCGCUCACCAGGGGGGGCUGUUCCCGCUCAGCACUGGCGACCGCCUGUUCGUCACAGUGACCAACGCCUCCGCUGUGGACAUGGACGAAAAGAGCAGUUUCUUUGGGGCGUUUCUCAUCAGCUAGACAAUCAGAUGAGGGAUCGACUGUCAUGUUUUUAAUGUCGGUGAUGGAUGAAUCUGCAGCCUCUUGACUUCUACUAUUAAUGAACCCAGAAAAACUGCAACAGAGAGUCGAUUUGGAGGUUUGUCUUACUUUUUUUGUUUCAGGAUCACAAGCCAAAAGAAAAUUAACAACACUGGUUUCAUGGGUGGAGAAGAGACUGGUAUGGAUUUGGGGCUGUGUGUAUGAGUGAGAGCUAAGACUAUUAAAGUUAGUGUGGCUUUGACUCAACAGAGAUUAGUUUCUGUUGUACAAACAUUUCUUUAAGGCAGAAGUUCCCUAAAUUUUUACAGGUAAAUUUAAGUGCAGAGCAGCAGAUUUUCUGCAUUAACUUUCCUAACUGGUCUUUAACAGCUAAGAGGAAAUUUUCGACUACAUGAUGGUUUGGUCGUGGUUAGUUAACCUACACUGUUCUGAGCUGACAUUCUGUACACAAAGGUUUAAUUCAGAUGUGAUUUGCCUAGGUAUCUUCAUGCCAUUUUACUCUGACGCCUGAUUUAUUAGUGGUUUUGUCCUGUCACUUGGGUUUUUUGGCUUUUUCCUCAGUAAAUCCUUGAAGCAGUUAUGCACAAAUAGCACACAAUGACAGGCAUUGGUUGGUGCUAUAGCCUCAAGCGCUGGCGCCAUAUAUCGAAAUUUGUUUAAGGUCAGUGCGGUCACUGGUUUUCCAGACAUGUUUAAGGGUUCAAGUCUGAAGGGCUGUUUUUUGUUUUUGUGCUGGUUUAUUAUUUUUCUUCAGAAAUGUUUUUGCAAAUCCCCAUGAGAUGGUACAUGGCAGACACAUGAAAUUUUCACCAAUGUAGGAAGUUUUGAAAAAAUGCUGCUCAACAAAAUUGACCUCAAUUAGCUUGACUGGGAUGCUGUAAGGAAAGGUCAACUUUGAAAAGUCACAACUCAUUCAGUGUAAACUUUACACAGAACUUGCCUCAAAAACCACUAAAGUCCACGUCUGGAUUUUCUACCAUUUGUUUGAAAAUCACAUUUUUGACAUCUACUCCUGAACCGUAGGUCUGACUUUUACAAAACUUUCUGUGAAUCAUUAUUCGACCAAGUUUAUCAAAGUGUUUGAAAAGCUUGUUGAUAUCUUACAGUGUUUUGAAGAUAUUGACCAAUGAACUUCAGUGGAGGUGUAGCUUAGUACAUAAAUAGACCUAACUCCGUAACAGUUGGGCCAAUCAUCAUAGAACUUACAGGAUAUGUCCAGUAAGUCAGUUAUGUCAUUCACACAAAUAAAAUAUUUGGGUCCAAACAAUAUACAAAAAAACCUCCUAUGUAAGAUGAACACGUUAGUAAAAGCACUAAAAGGUAACUGAUAACACAGAGUCCCAUUAUUCAGUCACGGCUUAUGUAAGUAUCUUAAACAUACCCUUAAAGUUUAAUUCAAAUCGACCACUAGGGGGCACUACGGAUGCAAAAAAAUGGGCAUGGAAUAACACACAUCAGACUAAGAAUCAGAAAUUGUUUGUCCAAUAUUACAAAACUUGCAAGAUAUGUUUCAUAAUAGUGUUGAACAACUUGUGUACGAUUAUUCAAAAUUGCUCAGAAGGGGGCGUCACCAGUUCCAGACAGGGCAGUUGGCCUGGGGCAAAAUUUGACCGUAAAUCAAUGACAAAGCAUCACCAAACUUGGUAGAUAUUUUUAAUUAAAGUCGUUGAAACAUGUCCCCGAAAUGUUUUUUAAAACUGACCAAUAGGGGGCAACAACACUGCUGAAGAACAGCGUGGCCUGGCACAGGUUUGGUUAUAAUAGAAUGAGCAUCUGUCUGAUGUCAUAAAAUCUGUUAAUUAUCUUUCAUGAAGGUGUUGGAAACUGUCAAAGGUCUCGAUCCUUUGCAGUUUUCAGAUUUUAACAGUGGCUUGAACCCCAGAAAUGCCACAGGGGCUACACUACUUUUUUUUGGAUUGUCAGGUGUCCCUUCAGCGUGUCUGUAAUGUCUAAUGAUGAUCUUCCAUAGCUAGACUGUAUUUUCAAAUUUUAAAUGUUGUUUUAGAUGCAAAGCACUUUGUGAAAUUGGCUUGUAACUCAACUCACAAAGUCACAAACUCACCUGUAACAGCUCACAGAUUCUGCACAUGCUGACCUGCGCCACCAAUAGGAAAGGACAGUUGUAGCAGUUUAGACUUUUGGGUACUUUGCAUACAUUACACUCAAUCCCAUUUUAUUAAUUUUGUAGCAAAUGCUGCAAAAUUGGGGUCUGCCCUUAAGAAUUGUUUGUAUAAAACUCUUACCAGCUGAACAUUUGUGAUUAUCUGUGUCCCUGGAUGUGUGUUUGUGUAAAGAUGUAAAUAUUGUGCUACAUUUUGUGUUUUUGUUUUUCCAUUAAGCUUGCAAAUUCUGGGUCUGGAGCUCUCCAUGAACUCGUUUGUGGGCCUGUGCUACCAUUACAGGCCUUUCAGACAAUUAGUUGACGGCCAUGUUGAAAGAUUAAAGGUGUAAAAUCACCACCUUUUCCUUCAGGAGGUUUACAGUACCAAUUUUAAAGCACUCCCCCUUACAUAUCCAACUUUGUGUUGUGUUUCUGUUGGCUGCAGGGCCACAGUCUCUCCCUCUGCUGCUGGCUCGUCCAUUGUAACCGUUCUCCAAAUGGUGCAUUAAACUUUCCCUAAACGGUUGGUAUUCUCGGGCAUUCAUGUCAUGCUGGAUUAGCUGCAGAUGUGACCUGCAGACUUGGAAAACAAUCAUGCACAUCAGCAUACAAACAGUAGAAAUGUGGGAUUUUGUUUUUGUCUAUAGCUCCUGUUUUCCAUGUGAUGUAUCGAACUGUUUGUAAUGAACACUGCAGUAAAUCCUCUGAAGCUCAAGGACAUAUAAACCAAAAUGAUCAGUUAUGUUUGACUUAAAGGGAGCUGGAUGUAUCAGUGGAUAUAACCGGGGUCAUUCCUGAUUUAGGAAAUAUUCAUUCUUAACUUAAACUCUACUUACUGGAUUUCUCCUUGGACUCAAAGCUGCAUCUUGUGACCUUCAUCAACAAUUUACAUACACCACUGCCUGUCAUUAGUGACCAGUUUCAUACUUAGGUCAGGUGAACAACCUCCAUGACAACUUGGACAAAUUCAUCAAGAACAAGUUGUUUUCCGGGUUGUCAGUGGAUUAGUGGUAGAGCAGGCGCCCCAUGUACAAGGCUGUUGCUGCAGCAGCCUGGGUUCGACUCCAGCCUGUGGCCCUUUGCUGCAUGUCACUCCCCCUCUUUCUCCCCCCUUCACACUUGUCUGUCCUGUCCAUUAAAGGCUGAAAAUGCCCCCAAAAAAUAUAAAAAAAAAAAGAACAAGUUGUUUUCCUCACAUGAAUAGAAAGAAGAAUCCAAAAAACAGGGAAAAUCUUCAUGAAUUGGAGUCAUAGGGGUCUGCGUUUAACAACAGCAAAGCUGUGUGAUGCUAACAGUUAACCCUGUCACUGUGGGUGUGUGACUCUGUACCAGUCAAAGAACUUCAGUCCUGUAGAGAGGGGGGCUGAGUGAAUGAAUACACUGCACGCAGCUCUACAAUGAAAUGAUUUCAAUAGUCAUAAUUUGCAGUAAAGUUGCAGUGAUUGAUCAAAAAAACAAAGUCACAGAAUGCACGGGAAUCGGUUUAAUUUGUGUUAAUGGUGAUCACAACAUUGCAAAAUCCUGGAGGGACUACGUUUCAGCAAAGCCGCUGGAUAAAUGAGACUUGGAUUAUUGUGAGUUAUGUGAGAGUUUGCAAAAAGAUGUCUUGAUAUAGUUUUGCUGUUGUUAAAUGCAGACCCCCUUUACUUUAAUUCUUAAGGAAUAUGCUCCAUUUUUGGAUUUGCCAUUCAUGGCGGAGGCGUGCGAGAAAAAUAACAUUUCUGGGAGGAGGGAGUUUUCCUCUGAUUCAUUUAAGUCAUAAAGAUUUUUACCAUAAUGAUUUUCAAUCAAGUUUUAAGUUCUCAUUUUUCCUAUAUGAAUGCAGCGUUUACUGAAACACUUAUGUAAAUAUCACAACACAAGGUCUUUUUAAUUUCUUGUUUUUGCAACAAAUGUAUAGACUAUCUUUAAUUGUUUUUUUUUUAUGUUGAUUGCAGAGGGGAAUUUAUACUCUAAACAUGAUGAAAAAUCAUGGUUUAAAGUUGAUAUGAGUUGAUAAGUAUAGUUUGUACAGACAUAAAUCUGCAGUUUUGAGUCAACUAAUUGUGAGGUGGAUGUUUACAGAGCUGUCUACGUUUUAUCUUUUACAUCUGAUGAGUGAAACAAUAACCUGAGACACUGAUGUAAAUGCAGCCAGUGCCUUUCAGUACGUUCAACCUCCGUAUGGAAUAACUUAAAAGAUCCACCUGCAAUCAGUCCUCUUUGUCAGCUGGACCUCGAACACCUAAAAAAGACACAGCUGCACACAGAUGAGGAUGUGGACAAAUAAACAGAAUUUGAAUUGUUUGCCGGAUAGACCAAAACUAAAUGUGAAUGUAAAUAACCUGGUGGUUUUGUCUGUAAAUGUGUGAAAUAAAGACACUAUAAGAGGAA